UGUUUAAGAGAAGUGAGUCAAGUUGGAAAACGGCUUGAAAGGCAAAGCCAAUGCUGGUUUGUUCUUUUAUCGUCAAUCAAAUUAAAAACUCGAAAAUGCCCUGCUGGUACUAUGAAAAGAAAGAACUGCGAAAUACACCCUCUAUUCAGGAUGGAAUCGAUUAUGACACGGAAUCCAGAUACCGUAAAGAAGGUGCCAGAUUUAUUAUUGAUGUUGGAACAAAAAUGGAUCUUGGCUACAACACGAUGGCCACUGGUGUUGUGUAUUUUCAUCGGUUUUACAUGUUCCAUUCCUUUAAAACAUUUCCUCGUUACGUGACAGCCUGCUGUUGCUUAUUUUUAGCUGGCAAAGUAGAGGAAACACCAAAAAAAUGCAAAGACAUAAUCAAAACUGCAAAAACGUUACUUCCUGAUCAACAAUUUCUAACUUUUGGAGAUGAUCCUAAAGAAGAAGUAAUGACUUUAGAAAGAAUUCUGUUGCAAACCAUCAAGUUUGACUUACAAGUGGAACACCCAUACAGCUAUUUGUUAAAAUAUGCAAAGUGUCUAAAGGGUGAUAAGAAUAAGUUGCAAAAAAUGGUACAAAUGGCAUGGACAUUUGUUAAUGACAGUUUAUGCACGACAUUGUCACUUCAGUGGGAACCAGAAAUUAUAGCAGUAGCCCUUAUGUAUCUUGCAGGAAAAUUAAGCAAAUUUGAUGUCAUCGAUUGGACAGGAAGACAAACUAAACACUUAAGAUGGUGGGACAUGUUUGUUGAAGAUGUCACAAUGGAUUUAUUAGAAGAUAUAUGCCAUCAAGUAUUAGAUUUGUAUUCACAAGCAAACAAUCCAAAAACUCCAGAAUCUCCGCCUAUGACGCCAUCAAAUGAAUCUGUCAAAGACAAGUCAUCAACGCAAUCAUUGACAGAAUCGCCACUGAAUGCAUCAAAUGCACCUGCCAAGGUUUCUAAAUCCGAGAGUACAGCUGUUUCAGCGAAUGGAUGUCAGUCUGCUGAUGUUACUGAUAAUACAAAAUCGAUGGAUGUAACAAGCCAUUUUCCACCAUAUUCAUCAACUUUUCCACAAGGGAAUUCAUCUUUCACGCCAGUUUUUCCCCCAACCAAUAUUUCCGUACCACCUCCUGUAAAUAAUUUGAAUCAUAUUUCACCAAUGCACAUAAAUGUUGCUGUACCUAUGAGACCAUCGCCAUCAUCAGCAACACCUUCCCAACCAUCGUUUCAUCAGCCGUAUUCUUAUCCACCAAGUUCAAAUUAUUUUCCAAGUGGUGCAUCAUCGGCCCCUUCAAACUCACAACGGACAUACUAUCCACCACCGCCAUAAAUGGAAGAAUUAGUUUUUAAUUUACUUAAGUAAUUGUAAAUGUUAACAUGGAAUAUUUUUUUAUGAAUUACGUAAGAAUUAUGACUUGAAAAAUUAUAAAAUCCGCACUCACUAUAUAAUUCCCUGUAGGUACUAAUUAUUAAUAAGUAUUAAUGUGACUGCCUUGUUAUUAAAUGAAAAUUUGUAGUAACGUAAUUUUGUACCAUGAGCAUUUAAAAUUAUUACCAUUAUUAUAUUUGUUACUAUUUUCAUUUUUUUCAUAGUAUUAGGAGAGUAAUCGAAGUGAAAUUUAGAUGAUGUAUAUUAAAAUAAUUAAAAAAAAAAAUUAACUAACCAUGA